UUAAUUAUUAUUGAAGGAUUUAAAAUCGAAUACUUCUAUGAUUUAGACAAAAAAAUAGUCAAUUUCGAUAUUCGAGGAUAUUCAGAUGUUUGGAUUGGUAUAGCUUUUGGAAAAGGAAUGAGAGGAGUAGAUAUAGUAGCUAUAAGAGCAGAUUAGACAUUAAAUACUGUAUUAGAAGACAUGUAUUCAGUAUAUGAAGAAGCACCUUAAUAUGAUUAUACAUUUCCUUAGUGUGAUAAAAGUAAAAGCCUAACUUAGAAUGUGGCUAUGUAUGAACCUAAUUCAGGGAGUAUGUGGGUAACUUUUUCAAAACCAUUUGAUGGUGGACCUUGUAAUAUUUCUUUUACUGAAUAAAUGACUAUCGAUAUUAGUAUUGCUUUUGGAACUGAUCCUAUUAAGUUUAUGAAGCACAAGAAAGUCAAAACUGAUAGGUUUAUUUUUAGUUCUAAGUAAUUGUAAGAUUAGGAAGGGUUUGGAGUUUUAUUUGUUUAUUUUUUUAAAGGUUUUUUUGUUUUGUAUAUGGUUUUGUUUUUAUGAAUUUUGCUUUUUUUGUUUGUUUUUGUUUGUUUUAAUCUGUAUUAUUAGGAAAAAAUUGAUUGAUUCGAAAAGAAUUUAAAUAAUCUUAAAAAUAUAAAGUUUAUAUUGAAUUUCGUUUGUAAUUUUUAUUUUCAGUUUAUAUAUUUAAAAGGAGUUUUAUUUGAGUUUAUUUUGAAAUAAAUUAAUAUUAGUAAAUUUUAUUUUUAUUUUGUAUUUAAUGAUUACUUCUUGUCGUUUAG